AUGAACGAUGUGGCGAAGCAGUUCAAUGUGACAGAACAUUUUAUUGGUAAUACGGAGUGGCUUGGCGCGUCCUGGCAGGACGAUGAAGCCUGCUGGUCAGUCAGACUGAAAGAAACGUCAAAAACCGGCCGGACUUUUACCCAUCAGUGCAAAAUUCUGAUCUCCGCUGUUGGAGGGCUGUCGAAUCCGAACGAAUGCACUAUCCCUGGCAUUGACAAUUUCAAGGGAGAAAUUGUCCACACUGCGAAAUGGGAUCCUGAUAUAUCAUGCGCGCAGAAGAAUGUGAUUGUCAUCGGCAAUGGCUCUUCGGCAACUCAAGUGAUCCCAGAGAUUGCUAAGGAAGCUAAGACGAUCAUCCAAUUCAUCCGGACACCGCAGUACUACAUGCCCAGCCAGAACGCCGCGGUCAGCCCGUUCUGGAAAGCCAUUUUUCGCAAAAUACCAGGAAGCCUUCGACUUUUCCGAACUCUCAUUUUCCUCUAUCUCGAGUCAUCGAUCUUGUUGUUUGACCUCACUUGGCUCGGGGCAAAGAUGAGAAAGGGUGCAACCACGAAAGCCCAGCGCUAUGUCACUGACCACGCGCCGAGUAAGACAAUCACGCCGGACCCAAACCGUAUAGUUUGGUGGUUACCAAGUAAACUGAUCUUCUUGUCACUGAUAGGAAAAUACUGGCCCCUCCUAUUUCCCAAUUAUGAGUUUGGGUGCAAGCGCAGAGUCUUUGAUAACGACGGCUAUCUCGCUUGUUUGCAUAAGUCCAAUGUUCAUCUAACCAGUGACACGGUUGUUUCUCUUCUGGAACAGUCCAUACUGACAAAGUCUGGGGAGAUACAUCCAGCGGAUGUCAUUAUCCUGGCUACCGGAUUCUCCCCGACACAACAUGAUGUUGACCUUCGAGGUCGAAAUGGCUACGUUGACCUGGUCAUCCGUGCUAUUAAACCAGUCCUCUGGAACAAUGCAUCGACCGUCGAGGUGAAGCAAACGAGUGAAGGACGUUUCAAUAACGAAUUGAGGACCGCGUUGAGAACAACCAUCUUGACAGAUAUGUGCCGAAGUGUGAGAAAUCCACCUCCCGAUCUGGUGCCAUAA